GGGAGCGCGAGAGUGUGUGAGUGGCUGAGUGAGUUUACCCCUAUGAGGCGGUGAAAGGCCCGGGGCCUACCUCAGAGGAGCGGGGUCGCGGCGCCAGCUAGCAGCGGGCCCCCUCCUGGUCCCCGGGCCCGGCGGCGCGGCGGCGGCGGCUCGGUUGUGAGGAGGCGGGGAAGCGGGUGUCCGUCCGGUCCCAGCCAUGGAGGGCAUGGACGUGGACCUGGAUCCCGAGCUGAUGCAGAAGUUCAGCUGUCUGGGCACUACCGACAAGGACGUGCUCAUCUCCGAGUUCCAGCGGCUGCUCGGCUUCCAGCUCAACCCGGCAGGCUGCGCCUUCUUCCUGGACAUGACCAACUGGAACCUACAAGCAGCAAUUGGCGCCUAUUAUGACUUUGAGAGCCCAAACAUCAGUGUGCCCUCAAUGUCCUUUGUUGAAGAUGUCACCAUAGGAGAAGGGGAGUCGAUACCUCCUGAUACUCAGUUUAUAAAAACAUGGCGGAUCCAGAAUUCUGGGGCAGAGGCCUGGCCUCCAGGGGUUUGUCUUAAAUAUGUCGGGGGAGACCAAUUUGGACAUGUGAACAUGGUGAUGGUGAGAUCGCUAGAGCCCCAAGAGAUUGCAGAUGUCAGCGUCCAGAUGUGCAGCCCCAGCAGAGCAGGCAUGUACCAGGGACAGUGGCGGAUGUGCACAGCGACGGGACUCUACUACGGAGAUGUCAUCUGGGUGAUUCUCAGUGUGGAGGUGGGUGGACUUUUAGGAGUAACGCAGCAGCUGUCAUCUUUUGAAACGGAGUUCAACACACAGCCACAUCGCAAGGUAGAAGGAAACUUCAACCCGUUUGCCUCUCCCCAAAAGAACCGACAAUCAGAUGAAAACAACUUAAAAGACCCUGGGGGUUCCGAGUUCGACUCGAUCAGCAAAAACACAUGGGCUCCUGCUCCUGACCAAACCGAGCAAGAUGAGAAUAGACUCUCACAGAACUCUGUAAAUCUGUCCCCCAGCAGUCACGCAAACAACUUAUCAGUAGUGACUUACAGUAAGGGGCUCCACGGGCCUUACCCCUUCGGCCAAUCUUAAACGGGUGUCAGCAAGAAGAAAACUUAACAAAAGACAGAAGGCCUGACUUUGGUGGGGGAGGGCAAGGGGUUCCUCUGGAUUGCAGACCACGUCGCAUGGACCCCUGGCUCUGACCCGCCCCAUCCUGGAAGAAGAGGAAGAAGCAGAACAGACUAGUUUUGAGUAAACUCAGUAUGCAUGUGUGAAUGCUGAAUCGCUGGAAUGGUGUUGAGGCUACCAAGAAGAAACCCAGGCAGCCACCUUGGGUUCUGUCUAUCAGGCACCAUCUAACAAGUCAUAGGUCACUUGGGAAGGGAAAACAAAUUUAAAAUGGGGGGAAAAAAGCCAUCUUUUUAAACAAAAAUUAUUUUGCCUGCAGACAGGUUGUAGUUUUGAGCACAUGUUAAUUUUUUCUCUUUCCCCACUUUUAUUUUUUUAGAUAAGGGAUAACGUACUCUGUAGAAUAGCUGCUUGCCCUGGAAGCGAUUCAGGUUAAGGCUGGUGUGGCGUGUUUGGGGACUCCGCGGGUCAGUGCUGCAGGAGGACCUCGGCCAUGCCACGUGACUCCACGAGUCUUUGACCCCGUUUGUUUUCAGUGGCAUCAGCCAGUGACUUAUCUGUCACCCUUUUCCUCCUCUCUUCUCUUUAAUCUUCUGUUGAUUUACACCUUUAACAUUUGUACUCGUCAACCCUGUGGCUUGUUACCAUCAGAACCUCUCUGAAGACCAAACUUCCCUGUGUGGCCCGCAGAGGAAGCCUUGAGGACAGGUCUCGGGUGACGUGGGCGUUUCUGAGCCCGAGAGGUGUCCUUCCGCACGCACUUGUAACAAUUCAAAUUGCUUUUUGUCCAUGUUUCUCUUGUCAGAAACGCCGUCAUGCUUACUGCUUUUUUGGCUUCUUCAUACGCAGUGGCCCCUGUUCACUCUGCGAACAGUGCCUCGUGCUGCAUAGCUGCGUGUGCCACGUGCACACACAUGGAUGUCGGUGCAGCUCACCAGCGAGUGUGCAGCCGGCAUGUGUGAAGGUCCCAUGCUUCUCUGUUGUCACACAACUCCCUUCCCUGUGUUUCCUCUCAGUUGUCUUUUGGGGUGUUUUCACAGCCUGUUAGUGGAGGCUGAGCUGUCAAGCUAUGAAAAUACAGCCACAAAUGGGGAAUUUGCCAUGGGGAAGGGCCACAGUUACUGACUGAUCUUGGAGACCACAUUUUGGUGGAAAUGAGAGAACCCCCGCCCUGAGCAGGACGCCUGGUUUUUGGGCGGUGGGCGAGGGGCAGGCAGCCCAGCCAGAGCAGAGGCGUGUUGGCUGGCCUCUCACUUGGGCAGGUGGCCCCAGUGGGAUUCUGUGGACUCCUAGCAGGUUGAGGUGUGGGUGUCUCCAUGGGAAGCUUGAACCAGGCUAGAACAGCUGUCUGCCAAAGAUACAAGAAUAUGCAAAGUCCCUCUUCUCUUCUCACCCCCUCCUUCCCUCGAGUCUUGGUUGAUUUGACAGCUGCGAUAUGGAUCUAGGGUGCGGUUGCCUGCCUGUCGCCACACCCCCACCCACCCCAGGGGUGUGAGACAAGCAGGGAGACCAGGUGAUGAGUGGCUGCAAGGGGUCCUAUAGCCUGGGUGUGGGUGAGGGUCUGCCUGCCUGUCUGUCUCUGUCUGGGUGUCUGAGUUCCAAAAAUGUGUGUUGUUUGUUCCUCCUCA